UAUGCUCCUCACUCCAGCUGAUCGGCCCAGGAUUCCCCGGUGGCUCUGCCCGUCGUUGGCUUCGACAACUCAAAUGUUUCACCGUCGAUUUAAACUGUUAUAAUCUGACGGAGGCAGUGGCCGCUCGUGUCGGCAAAUUGUGCCCCGUCUAGUGAAAAUCUCCGAAGGAUAAUCUGGCCGGGGUAUUGCCUCUGUACGUGUCAAAGGCAGGGGGAUCUGAACGCAAAGGCCCUCACUCCAUCCCCGGAUUCACCUGCUACGCGGAGAGCCUCACACGGAAGACCGAUAUGGGGGACACGGGGAGCGAGGGCAGCAAGCCUCCGAGUAACGUAAACGUGAUUCCCCCGCGAUGCCACUGUGGUUUCUGGGGGUCAAGCAAAACUAUGAAUCUCUGCUCCAAAUGCUUUGCAGACAUUCAGAAGAAACAGCCAGACAAUGAUUGUGCCCCAAAGGCCUCCUCAAGCUCCAGCAGCAGCCAAGCAGACAUCUUCUGUAAUGACACAAACAGCAGCAUUAGUCAGACACUGAUGUCCAUGCCGAACACAUCGGAAGACCCUUCGCCAGGGGAGACGGGAGCGCCAUCUCUACCCGCUCAGGACGGUAAGACAGCAGAAACACCGAGCACAGAAACAGUCUUCAGUUCACUCUCCACUCCAACAAAACGCUCCUUCGAAUCAGCCUCAGAGUCAGAAAGCGAUGUUUCACCCGAGAAGCGAGCAAGAGUGGGUGAGGUGCCAGAGGGGGACGAGUCUUCAUCGUCAUCUAUGUCUGCAUCAUCAUCAACCUCGUCUCGCAGUGGCUCCAAACAGCGGAGCCGCAAACGUUGCCAUCGCUGCCAAACCAAACUGGAGCUGGUUCAGCAAGAGCUGGGUUCCUGUCGCUGUGGUUAUGUCUUCUGUAUGCUCCACCGGCUCCCGGAGCAGCACGAGUGUCUGUUUGACCACCUCGGCCGUGGUCGCCAGGAGGCGGUCCUAAAGAUGGUGAAGCUGGACCGCAAGGUGGGCCGCUCAUGCCAGCGCAUCGGAGAAGAGUGCUCCUGAGCGGCCAUUCGUAAGAAUCUCGGUGUUCGGACGGUGUCUUAGCACCAACAGGGAUCUGAUUUUAAUUUUUGUUUUCUUCUCAUUUUGUUUUUCAACAUUUUUGCAGGUUUUUGGAUACAAACCUGCACACAUUUUCUUUUAAAUUAUGCUCGCUCUUUUUAAUUGCCCCUGUUACCCACAACCACAUUUUUUUCUGCUUGAUCAUAUCCCUGCUGCUAAGAUGCCUUUUGGAAAAUCCAAUCUCCAAUGACAGAACAAUACAGAGCAACGGAAAUAUACAAUUUCUUCACGUUUUUGCAACUCCUGACAACUCAAGUGUGAGCAGAGUAAGACGGAAGAAGAGGAUGAUGAGAAGAUAUACAAUGCUUUAUACAAAUGUUUGUCCCAGAAGCCAGUUUAAGACUAUACUCUUUACCUCAAAAAAUGAAAAGAAAACAACAAAGAAUGAAACGAAGGAGGAGAAAAGGAUUGUUACCCUUUGUGUACACUUCUGCUAUGGCGCUGUGCUCUUUACCUCAAAAUCAGACAGAGCUGCUUUGUACUCCAAGCAUGGACUUUGUGAAGCAAACCGAGCAAGCCAGACUCAGUUUAAGUCAGUGUCUUACCCCCUGGCCGUCCACUUCCCAUAAUCCUUUAGAAAGACCUGUUAAUCAUCCACCUCAGGUUAUCAGGAUAUGAAACCCUCCCCUCACUGACUUGCAUCCCUCUCUUUUCCCCCCUACAGGACACCUUUUUACUCCUUUCGUUUGGUUACUCUGGAAAUGUUUCUUCUCUGUGGACGAUGAAACUGCGUCGGUAACUCCAAUAUUCAGGACUUGCAUUAUGAGAUGGACUCAAACACAUUAUGAUGGUGGGAGGGAGCUGGUUGUCGCACACAGAUCUGUGUUCAAUGCUCGGAUGUGAUUUAUCGAGGUUUAAUUUGUCGCAGAUUUUCUCUGUCUUCCUCUUUUUGUCUCAGUCUUUAUCUCUUUAUUCCCCUCUUACAUAAGACAUGUCUUCUGUUCUUCCUGUGUACAAACAAACAAGCAGGAAGACAACAUUUACAGGGCAUGUCUAAUAUUAAAGUGUGCAUACGAUUUAUGACAGGACCUGAAAUGUCUGCAUUGUACACUUCCACACAUCUUAGAGUUUUCCAAGUACACACACACACACACACACACACACACACACACACACACACACUUUCAUGCUGUUUUAUGUCCCAGCGGUUCACAUUGAGCACGAGGGCGAGAUCACACAUUGCUGUACACUUUGAGUUUGGACUGAAGCUGAGCUGGCAGAGCGACACUUUUUUUAAGAUGGGUGACGGUUAUUGUAGUUCAGGUUUUUCAUAUUGUCUUCAAUUAUCCACUUUUUGAAGGUAAUUGGAUACAAGACUGUUCUUGGGUUUUCAGUACUUCUAUGGCCCAUGUUUUCAUUUCCAGCGAGCAUGAUGAGCUCACGUGAAUUCUCCUUCUCCUGCCUUUCACUUUCCUUUCUCAUCCUUAUUGAUUGCUCUAUUUUUCCUUAUUUCAGCCGCCUUGUCUCCCCCUCCUCCCUCUCUCUUGCUGUAGAGAGGGAGGUGGCAGAUAGGGUGAGCGGAGUGCUGAAAGUUAAAAUCAGAAAAUAAUUACUUUCCAAACGUUUUCCUGGUGGACUAUGGAAGGGACGACGAGAAAAUACAUAAUGAAUAUUCUGUAUCUUUCAAGAAAACCUUAUUUAACCCCUUUUUUGCUUCUCACUUUUAAGUGUAGAGCUGCUUUUUAUUUGGUUGUAAUGUGGUUAUAAAAUGGGAAGAUGAACGUGGAAAAAUUCUAUAUUUUUGUUUCCAUUGCUUUACUUAAUGCUUACCCUUUCCAACUUUUUCUUUAACUGAGAAAGAAUAAACUGGAUUAGACAAAGUGUGAA